AUGUUCCCAGAAAAGAAGCCAGUCGCGAAGACAGCACAGCUCAACGCAACGGAGCCGGAAAGGAUCCAUCCGCGCGACGAGAACAAGACGACGAGCAUUCCCAAACCACUGGUCCGAUCGAUAGGACAAGGGGAAGCACAAUUGGCCCUGGGGGGGGGGUCCUCGACGGUAGUAGAGCCGCGCAGGGCCGCGCAGGAGGAGUCGGCUGGACUUCGCCGCCGACGUGAGGUGUUGCAGCAGCAGCAGGCCAAUUUCGAAGAGCGAGAAGGCAGGGAGAGGAUGUGGAGGGAUACGAAGGCGGUGAAUACGCAGCGGGCACGACGCUCGAACCCGACGGCCCCGACGCUCGUGGUCUGGGGUUCGAAGUACGGAGACGAUCGACUACGGUUCCAGGUUUUUCACUCAGCAAAAAACAGGACGGAUGAUCGUGGAUAG